CUCGCUUUCCAGCCAAAAAGUCUACAAUUAAUAACUGCGACUUUACGGCAAGCUUACAUCAAGAUUUGUGCUACAGCUUGUACUAGAAAUAAUGACCAAUUUCGGAAACAGAUUGUCAACAAGUUGAAAUAUAAUUUGAUAUGCUAACUGGCUAUUAAAUACGGUAACUAUUAUUUUAAGUUCAAACCCGAUGGAACAUUAAUUAAAGAAAACUAUUACCUCACAUUCCCGCCAAAAGUCUCAAACCAGAGACUAAAGCAAUGAUGUAAACCAAUGAGAAUUUAUUGACACCAUGACAACGUCUUGGAGCGUUUUUAGGAUAGAGCAAAGAGUAAAGUGAGCACAAGUGCAAAGCUAUGAAAUUAAUUUAUUUCCUCGUUUUUAAACGACACAAUUGAGAUUUUCUGCAAUAUAUUUUGAGCCUGGAAGCCGAUUGUUCAUUUGUGAUUUACAUAACCUUUCUAAACAGUAUCCGCUACAAGAGUGAUAAUCAAAAUUUCGUAAUGGGUUGUUAGGCUUUGAUACCUUUGCAUCUUUGGAAAUUGCAACGAAAUUUAAACAAUUUUACUGUUCUGGUGGAACCCCAAAAGCAUUAAUAACAAAACAAAAUUACUGUGUCCGAAUGCCAAGUUAAGUACGUGUUCAAAUUUUACACAAUAAAAAUGGACGAAGCUGAUAUUAAAACUGAAGACGACAUGGUCUUGGUUAUCGUUGAAGAUGAACCCAGAGACGGGUACGAAGAGAUUGUAAAUAAAUUUGAAAAAAAUAUAGAAGAGGAGUGUGAUGUUGAGAAUAUGAUAGAAACUGCAGCGAAACACGGUCAUUUCAUCGACAUUAAAGUUGAACCUGCGGAAGAGGAGGACACAUGGAGUCAGAUUGAUUAUGACUACUGUGAUAUAAAAACUGAAAAUGAGGAUUAUGAAAACUUUGAUGAUGAUGACGAUGGUCAUCAAGAACAGGAUUCUGAACCAUUUGAGGAUGUAGAAUACUUAUACGAUGAUGAAGAAUAUCUACCACCAAAUGACAUUGAUAUAAAAUUAGGUAGGGGACAACGUAGAAGCUUACUGAGGCCUGAUGAACAGAAGUCUUUUGUAAACGAACUAAGGGAGCAGUAUCCUGAGUUGAGAAAGAACACCAAAAAGUUGGUGAAUGCUGUCAGUGAGAUUAUGAGGGGCACUAAACCACCAAAGCCACCGAAAGGUAGCUUUGUUAAAAAUGGAAAUUACAGAGAGUGCACACUUUGCAAUUGUUUGUCGGAAUCCUUGCCAGCUGCCGAGAGACAUUAUCAAGAGAAACACGGCCAGAGAUACCUAAUCUGCUUUGCUUGCGGUGUGGAUUUCAGGAGCAAAACAAACCUAUAUAAACACGAGAAGCGAUGUAUAUCUUCAGACGCCACCAUAGUGUUGAAAGCGCGGGCUUCGCUCCUUGGUAAUAAGGCUCGAAGUCGUCCUUACAUAAAUCAUUACAAGAAUAAACCACCAAGAGUUUUCAAGUCCAACAAGAAGUUCCAAUGCAGCGAAUGCUCAGCAACGUUCACAGUUCAGAAGACAUUAGAUUCGCAUAUGAAUCUCCACAAGGGCUUGAGACCGUACCGGUGUAAGACUUGUCCGGCUGCGUACACGUCGCCUACCGCUUUAUCUCGCCACGAGAAGAAACAUUUAGACGUUCAGUACAUUUGCGAUCACUGCGGCCGCGCGUUCAAGAUCAAAGAAGCUCUGAUACCUCACUUGGAUACACACAAACCGUAUCGCAAGUUCGGGUGCCACCUGUGCGACCGGCGGUACGCGCAGAAGGCGGCGCUGCAGCUGCACAUCGACCGCGUGCACCGGAACCUGCCCCCGCCCUGCGCCUGCCCCGUCUGCCCCAAGAGGUUCCCCCGCAUGUCUCUGCUGAAGACGCACAUGAUGAGCGAACACGGACUCAACAUCAUGACGCGUAAAAUGUUCUUCAAGAAGCUGCCGACGCUAUCGGAGUCCGAAAUGAAGCAGGUCGCGAAGGUGAUGCUCAAGAAGGACGUGGAGUCCGUGGCGUUCGGUGGCAGCGGCGCCCCGACCCCCGCACCCACCGGCGCUCCGCCCCCCGCGCCCGCCGGCGCCCCGCCCCCCGCACCCGCCCGCCAGCCGCCGCCGCCCGCGCCCGACCAGGAGUACAUCGCCGGGGAAGAGAUCGUGAUCCCGGAGACUCUGUCCAGGGACGAGAUGAUCGACUUCCUGAAAAACUUGGACACCGGCGGCGACAAAACCCAAGUGUUCGUCAUCAAAAACGGAGACUCCCUGAAGACCCUACAGGGAUCCUUCAGCGAUGUUAUCUAGCUUCGGGUUUUCGUUUGAUUUCCUUUUGUAAGAACGCGCUGCUUGAUGUCACGAGAACAUCGUCUUAAAAGUUUAAUUGUACUUAGGAUUUAAUUGUUGAUGAAUUUACGCAAAACGUAUCGUCUAUGUUUGCGAAGUUUUUUGAGUUUGAUAAAGACGAUGACCCUUAAAUCCAUGUACUGAAGUAAUAGAGUUUAUUCAAUAGUAAUGUAGUCUAAGUACCAGAACAGCGGUGGUACUCGGACGGUAAUUAAGCUAAACUUAUAUAAUUGAGUCGACUAUUAUCAAAGCCGGCAAUGUGACUUUUGGACAAUUAUUGGUAAAUCAGAAAAACGAAGUAUUGACUUUGUAUUCCAUUGGCAGUCACAAAACUCUUCUGAACGACAUCUUAGAUAAAUAACAGGUUAACUAUUAACCUUUAUUUAAUGCAGGUUUUGAACCGUAUUCUUUGAAGUAGACGAUUAUAUUCAAAUCAAUCUGUAUUGACAUAUCAAUAACAUUUUUUUGUCCAAAUGCACAGAUUGCCACCUUUGAUAAUAGACUAGUAAGUUCUAGUAAGUUCGGCCGACCAGCAAUGUAAAGCGUUGACGUCGGGGCGUUGACCUCGCGUCUACCGGCUUGUGUUACAUUGCGUGCAUCGACAAAGCACGGUGAAGUCAUUAUGUUUAAUUUAACUUUAUUUGUUGUCACCUCGGAUCAUCUUGGUCAUGAUUUGUCUGUUAAAAAAAAUAUAGAUAUUGUUUGUCCUUAAUAUACUUGCACUAAUUAAAUAAUGUUUUGGUAUAUUUGUUUUGUAAGUCAAUGUUUUCUCGGACUUUUCUGGAAUGUUUUUCCAAGGGAGUAUAUACGAAGGAAUUAGCAGUCACCGAUACACGACUGGUCGAGGCUGUCCAAGAUCGAAGUUUCACGGCCCGACACGCGAGACCGAAAUCUCCAAUCAUUUUUAAAUUGUUUCUUUAAAACUAGUGUUGCCUUUAACUGAGAGAUUUAUAUUAAAAAAAAUAAUAUAAUUUAUCUAUCGACCAACUAAAUUAAUUAAACAGGACUUCGCUUGAUAUCGAUUGGUCGAUAGUUUUUCUUUAGUUUUACGUAUUUUUGAAUGUUUUUUAAAUUUUUUUAACGUAAUAAAUUUGUUUACAUUAUGUAAUUGAAAAAAUAUUCUAGACAGAUUUUGUCACAGCGACCACGUUGGGUCUUCUUUGAGGUACUACUGAUUGUGUUGUUAAUAUGGUCACUCUAUUCAGACCCGCAGAGUAAGUUGGAGCUUCAAAUGUUAAUUUCUGAAUAAAGCAUUUAUUCACAAAUUCUAGCGAUUUAGAUGUAUUCGUUUAAUUCUAAAAUUAUUACCAUUGUUCCAAAUAUCUUGAUUGAUGAAUCGCCAUGAAUUAACCAUUGUAAAUUAUUUUUCCAAAUAUAUAGGGGACUCUGAUUAACGUCUGAGUAAAGUAAUAGAAUGUAUAUUGUUAAUAAAAAAUGUAAAAAUAAAAUGCCCAUUUUUUUUUAAUACGAAAAA